AUGCCCAAAGCUAAACGCAAAGUCGUCUCGGCAGGAAAAUCGGCGGCCAAAGGCAAAAGUGUCCCUGAAGAUAAAGUUGUCGCCAACUCGGAAAGUACACCAAAGCGAAAAUCAAAGUCGAAAAAGGAAAUCCGCUCAAAGGAUAAUCCGGAGCUCAACAUUACGGUGGUGAUUCCCAAGACGUCUCGGAGGCCUCCAUUCUUCUUCUGGACAGAUCCCGACAGCGAAGGAGGUUUUCUUUCGCCAUGGUACACGUGCCCUUUUGAAUAUGGGGGCGAUAGAUAUGUAUCUGUUGGGCAAUACAUCACGGUUCGUAGGGCAGAGAUUUACCGCGAUCGGAAAUCACUAGAUAAAAUUCUACUUGCGACAAGCGAGGAUGAAAUCAAGGCUCUUGCUAAAAAUAUCAAGGACUCCCCCAUCAGUGAGUGGGUCAAAAAUCGAGAUUAUCUUUUUCACAUCAAUAUCGCAAACCGCAGAAAGUUUCUCUACAGCGAUCAAAGUGAAGAUCUCUUGAAUAGGCUCGCCAAGCUCGGGGACCGUGAACUAGUCUUCGCUGAUCCUACUGAUCCUCAUCUUGGAAUCGGGCUCGAUGCAAGUGAAGCGGAAAAAAUGGGUAGAAAAUCAUGGGGGAAGAAUGCUUACGGAAAAUCAUUUGAAAAGCUAAGGCACAAGAUCAGAAAUCCGAUUUCGCCAACUAUUCCUCCCUAUCCAUGUGACACCGGAUAA